AUGACCGAAGAGAAUAAAAACGGAUCAGAUGAGAUUUUGACACCUAUAGACAAGAUAAUCGAAACUAUAAAGGAACUUCAAAGCGACUUGGAAUUUCUUCCUCCUUUUCGGGAUGAUGUUGUGACUGUUUGUGUCGAAGAAAUAAAGCGACUAUAUGAGUUGAAUGAUGAGGCUAUGUAAGUUUUCGUUUUCUAUUUUAUCGAUUUAGACAAAAUACAAGGAACACAACAAAUUCGGCAGAUUCCCCUGAAUUUCAAAUUAUAAGAAUUCGGCAGGAAAUGAUGGAAAGAAUAAAAAGAACUACUUACGCCUAUUUAAAUGAAAGAAUAAAACGGAUUAAAGAGUUCAAAUGGACGCAUGCUGGGGCGUUGUCAUCCGUUUUUCAGGUAAUUGCUAACUUUCUUACGUUAGCACCGAGUAUUAUUAUUUUCUUGUUCAUCUGUAUUUUUAGGCAAAUAUGUCGGACAAAGAGAAGCUGUGGUUGAAGGAGUACACUGGGAGCUUGUUCUCGUUUCAGCAGAAUAUUGGGAAAGCCGUAGACGAAGAGACAGAUGGUGUAAAUCUGAUCGAUGCCAUGUACCCACCCAAGAACAACUUGGUUCCGGUUAGUGUAUUACACGAUUAUGGAGAAAUAGAGACGAUCGAUGGAGUCGUGGUAGUCAUGAAAGCCAAGACGGUGGUCAGUUUUUUAUUUCUUUUUUGUUGAGUUUAGCCAAAUUACUAUUGCGUCGUUUUAGCACUGCAUUCCUCGGAUCGACAUUGAACCUUUGAUUCGGAAAGAAAUCAUAAGGCUCUUAUAA